AUGGCAUCGUCGACAUCAUCAACGCCGUCUCCGAAUCCAAUUGUGACAUCGAAUGGUAGCGGAGGCGGCAGUGGUCCACCAUCCGCUGGUGCCAGUGGUCAAACAUCAAACAAUUCGAGUGCAAAUGCAGGUCAACAACAAACAUCAGGCGCAAAUAAUCCAGCAAAUGACACGCCUGUAUCUUCUGAACGUAUUGCUUCUUGGAUAACAGAAUUGUUGUCAUCAACAACACGUGAAAAUGCUCUCAUGGAAUUAAGUCGUAAGAGAGAAAAAGUUGUCGACUUAGCUGUUUUACUUUGGCAUUCAUUUGGAUCUGUUGCUGUUCUCUUACACGAAGUGAUUUCGGUCUACCCAUAUAUAACACCUCCAACAUUAACAGCUCAACAAUCCAAUCGCGUGUGCAAUGCUCUAGCAUUACUUCAAUGUAUAGCAUCUCAUCCUGAAACUCGUUCACUUUUUAUUCAAGCGAAUAUUCCACUUUUUCUGUAUCCAUUCUUAAACACCAAAUCAUCGACACGACCAUUCGAAUAUCUUCGUUUAACAUCCUUAGGUGUCAUCGGUGCACUGGUUAAAACUGACGAAACAGAAGUGAUCAAUUUCUUAUUAACAACGGAAAUCAUUCCUCUCUCAUUACGUAUUAUGCAAUCCGGUAGUGAAUUAUCCAAAACAGUGGCGACAUUCAUCUUACAAAAAAUUCUCGCCGAUGAUUGCGGUCUGAAUUACAUCUGUCAAACAUUCGAUCGCUUUUCGCACGUGGCCAUGGUCUUAGGACGAAUGGUCUUACAACAACAAAAAGAAGCAAGUGGAAGAUUACUGAAGCAUAUCAUCCGCUGUUAUUUACGUUUAUCGGAUAAUGCUCGUGCACGUGAAGCGCUCCGUUCAUGUCUUCCAGAUUGUCUCAAAGAUCAUACAUUUGAUGCUAUUCUCAAAGAAGAUCAAUCAACAAAAAAAUGGUUAUCGCAAUUAUUACUCAAUCUCGAAACACCGGUUACCGCAAAUGCUAGCAACUCUCAACAAGGAACAUCAGGCAAUAAUAUCGUCUCUCAACAAGCCCAACCUGCAUCACCACUUGGAAUGGGAUAA